CGUGACCGCGUCAGAGGGGGAAACCUGUUGGUUUUAAUGUUCCUGAAACGAGGGAAGGAGGAGAAGAAGAAGAAGAAGAAGAAGCGAGGGAAGGAAGCGAACAAGGCGGAUCCUCGGCCUCCAGGUUUGCAUUGUGAGCUGCGGGCCAAUGUAAGUCGGUUGAGUGGCUGCGUGUGAAAGGGACCAUCACCAUCCUCAUGUCCAAUGGAGGAGGCUUUUACGGACGCACUGAGCGCGCCCGCCAGUCGCCGCUCUACGACCAGGUGCCGCUCGGCUCGUCGGCCCGAUCCGACUCCUACGACGCGCUGAGGGAGCACAGAGCGUCGCCCCUCGCCCGGAGCGCCGACCCCCUCCCUCCUCCGCCUCUGCCGGACCAGCCGCCCGUGGGCCCCGAGUUCGAGCCCGGCGAGGUCGACCCGGUACGCGACCCGGACCACGACUCGUCCCUCGACAUCAAACCGGUCCACCGCUUCAUCCCCGACUCCUGGAAGAACUUCUUCAAGGGAAGCAACCCGCCCGGUUCCUCCGUGCCCGGUUCCUCUGUCCUCGGUUCCGAGCCCGCCUCCUCAUGCAACAACAACAACAACCGCACCAGUGACGGGGUGCGCUGCUCCCCGCCGCAGUCCCCCUCCGUUCCCGGGUCGUACCGGGACCCGUAUGGCGGCUCGGGCGGCAGCUACAACUCGCGCAAGGAGCUCCUGGAGCUCCGGGACGCCCGCGAGUCCGAGUCGGGGCGCACCCACCACACGGGCCUGACCUACAGCGAGCGGGUGGAGGAGUACCACCAGCGCUACGGCUUCAUGAAGUCCUGGGCCGGGUUGCUGAGGAUUCUGGGAUGCGUGGAGCUCCUGCUGGGAGCGGUCGUGUUCGCCUGCGUCUGCGCUUACAUCCACAAAGACAACGAGUGGUUCAACAUGUUCGGGUACUCGUCCCCCGGCGGAGGGUACGCCGGCGGGGGGGCGUACGGCGGCGGCAUCACCGGCGGGUCCUACUACUCGGGCCCCAAGACGCCGUUCGUGCUGGUGGUGGCCGGGCUGGCCUGGCUGGUGACUGUGAUCGUGCUGGUGCUGGGGAUGACCAUGUACUACCGCACCAUCCUGCUGGACUCCACCUGGUGGCCCCUGACGGAGUUCGUCAUAAACUUGGCGCUGGCGGUGCUCUUCAUGGCGGCGGGCAUCGUCUACGUGCGAGACACGACCCGCGGCGGCCUCUGCUCCUACCCGGUCUUCAACAACGGCAUCAACGGGGCGUUCUGCCGCACGGAGGCGGGCCAGACCGCCGCCAUCAUCUUCCUCUUCGUCACCCUGGUGGUGUAUCUGAUCGGCGCCGCCGUGUGUCUCAAGCUGUGGAGGCACGAAGCCGCGCGCAGAUACCAGGAGAAGCACGGCCGCGAGAUGUAUCCCACCGACACGCGAGCUGCAGACAUCUUGAUGGCUCCGGUGCCGGCUCCGGUGCACAGAGCCCCGGUGCAGGUGGAAGGCUCCUCGGUGGUUCCCAUCCGGGCCGCUCCGAAGGCGGUUCCGCCGCACGUUCUCCAGGGAGCGAUACCGUCGGGUCACAUCCCCAAACCGGUCAUUGUGCCCGACUACAUCGGGAAGUACCCGACCAUCCGGGCGGACGAGGAGCGGGACCAGUACCGGGCCGUGUUCAACGACCAGUACUCGGAGUACAAGGAGCUGCACUCGGAGAUGCAGGCCACCCUCAAGAAGUUCGACGAGAUGGACGCCAUGAUGCGCGGCCUGCCUCAGCAUCCCGCCAGCCAGAAGGAGGUGGAUCGCAUCAACAGAAUCCUUCAGGACUACCAGAGGAAGAAAAAUGACCCGACUGUCCUGGAGAAGAAGGAGCGCUGCGAGUACCUGAAGAGCAAACUGUCGCACAUCAAGCAGAAGAUCCAGGAGUAUGACAAAGUGAUGGAGUGGAACGACGGAUUCAGCUGAGGAGGAGGAGGAGGAGGAGAAGAAGGAGAAGAGGGAGGAGGAGGAGGAGGAGCGUUGACGGGCCUUUUUACACCUGGCCGAGGGACAGUUAGCGUAGCUUAGCACAAAGACUGGAAGCGGAGGGGAACGGCUAGCCUCGCUAGCCUACAAGCCCGAAACCUUAAAUUUGAUGAUUAGUUAGAAAUAAAUAUUAAGUUUAAUAAUUAGAUUUAAAAGAAAUGUAAAACAUUUGACUUUUCCUUUAAUUUAAAAAAAAAUAAAUAAAUGUUGUAGUAUAGUGGUCUUGGCGCACAGAUAUUUUUUGGAUUAAAAAAAAAGUGGCAAUCUAGAAGAUUCUCAUAAUAUAUAUAUAUAUAUAUUUUAAGUCUGUUAAUUAACUAUCUGACGAUUUUAAAGAAGUAACACAUUCGGCGGCGGGUUGCGGGCUAACAGUUUCCACCUGUUUCCAGUCUUUAUGCUAAGCUAACGGUCUCCUGGCUGUUUAAAUGAUGAGUUGUGCCGUCAAUCUUCUCAUCCAGCUGCAAGCAAAUAACACUUCCUUUUUACAAUGGUCUGAAUAUGCAAAUAUAUAACACAAAUAUAUAUAUAUAUGUAUGUACGUGUGUGACACUGGAUUGUAGCCGAGCCCCAGCUCUUAUAAUUAUCACUGGUUUCUGCUGUGAACGUGAUUUCAUCGUGCUGGUUUACCUUUAAAUGCACAGUGUGUCUUUAUUUUAAUUUUCACUGUUUGUCUCCUUAUAGAAUUGUACAUUUGUAGUAUUUCGUGACGCUUCGUUCCACCAUUUCAACCCGAUUAAACGUUUUGUACUUUAUCGUCACUCGAGUGCUUAAAUCUCGUGAUCGACAGGAAACGACAUCAUAAAGUGUGUUUUCGUCUUGUCAUCAAGUGCUCGUGUUGCUGUAAAUGUCCAUAAUAUUUCUUAAUUUAAAGUGAUUAUGUGGUGCUUUUCUGUCUGUUGAAUACAGUUUUGUUUCUGCAUUGACGGUCUGCGGUUUUCCCUUUUUUUCAUCAGCAGACAGUUUUGUUUUACUGGAAAAAGGAAGGAGGAAAAACCAGAGUGAAUAAAUGUUCUUGUUUUAA